AUCAUUCAUCACCUCAAGAGAAACAUCAAAAAUAAACUCAAAACAAAAGCAUUUAUCAUCCUCAAAAUGGCUCCAAAUUCCACUACCCAAACACAAACCCAACAACAGGCACCAAUUAGUCAUGAAAUCAGAAACAUGGUGUCCACUCUGACUCAUCACUUGAGCAGCAGCAGCAGCAGCAGCAACAACCAAGAACAAAGCCAUGGCAAUGGGAUCAUCACAUUGGCUGGAACAAACAGAGGAGCAACAAUGAAGUCAGAUAUGGAUCAUGAAGUGUCAGACACUCAUGGAGUUGUUUUUGGAGAUGAACAAAGACUCAGUGCCUACACCAACAGUAACUACCAGUCAAUUAAUAACUCCAUUGUUCUUGGUGGGAGUUACACUGCUGAAGACCCUGGCAUUCAUUUGGUCAUUUCUGAUUACUUGGAGGAACAUGAACAUGAACAUGAAGAUGAUGAAGAUGAAGAUGAGGAUCAUGAGAAGAAUGCUAAGAAAGAGAGUAAGAAGAAGAAGAAAGAGAAGAAGGGGAAGAAGGAGAAGAAGAAAGAGAGCUCUAGUGAUGAUGAGUGAAGAUUAAUUGGGGUUUUUCUUUUUUUCCAAAAAUAAUAAUAAA